UCCUCACCGCCCACCCCAUCAGGCAUAGCGCCACGCCGGCAGUAACCCCGCCCCACCAAUCCACCAUCUUCCGCUAUAACUCCGAUUACCCAAACUUCCUCGUCCAACAGCAUUGAACUGCCUUUUUGCCUGUCACCUCCACCAACAUUCAAGAUGGAGGACUCGCUGACGGCAACUGCGUAUCUGUUGGCGCCUGAAGGGGAGAGGAGGACAGAGAUCGUGGAGAGUGUUGUUAAAGGACUCGAAGAUGGGAGUACCAAACUAGGAGAUGUCGUGCUCUCGCUGCGUGAUCCGUUAUUCGGGAACGACGACGAGCAGAAGACACAAACCAUGGAGUACGUCGCAGCCAUCCUGCGCGGUCUCAAACCCGACGCCCUGACGCGAUCGAAUGUGCGACUCCUCUUCAAUUUCGUCGAGGCACGCCUCGGCCUCGACCCGAGCGGCUUCAAGGAGACCGUUCAAUCCCUGCGCUAUCUUGUGGCAAUGUUGCGCUUUGAGGCCGCUCGUGCAGCGACGCUGGUCUCUCAGGUUUUCAAUGCCGCCCAGGCCGCCCCGGGAGGCUUCACCAAGAUGUCGGUGAUGACGAGGUUCGAAGUCUAUAAUCUGCUGGAUGAGCUUCUGAGCGCACACCGCGAUGUGAUGAAGGCCACGGGUGUGGAUUUCAUUAAUAUGCUUAUUGAGUUGUCGGCGAGCGAGAGGGAUCCGAGGAAUCUGAUGCUCAUCUUCUCGAUGGUGGAGGUGAUACUCGCGGAGUGGGAUAUCGAUGAUAUCGAUAGUCUCAAAGAAGAUCUUUAUGAAUUGCUCUCGCGAUACUUUCCGAUUACCUUUUCGGCGAAGAAGAAUGAUCCCGCCAGCAUCGAUCCACCCGAGCUGGUACUGAGAUUGAGGAAAUGUUUCGCAGCCUAUAGCGGCUUCGCGCCCUCCAUCUUUCCAAACCUCAUCCAGCGCCUCGACGACCCGAAUCGCCUCAACGCCAAAGCCGACGUGCUACUCACUAUGAAAGCGUGCAUCGAGCGCUACCACCCGACCACUGUCUCCAAAUGGAGCAGCCCUCUAUGGGAUGCCUUGAAAUACGAGAUCUUUAAUUCGAGUGACGACUCUCAAGCCCCUAAAGCCCUGGACGUCCUCGGCGCCAUCGCUGCCCGCCUCUCAGGCGACCUCGUCAUCCAAAACCUCGUCGGCACCGUGCUGCAGACCUACGUCGCCGCUAUCGUCGAUGAGUGCAUGACACGUUUGCGCGAGAACGGGCCCAAAAACUCCGCCAGUGCUGGUGCCAUAAUGGCCUCCAUCAUCGCCGCAUCGCCAUUCGCGUAUCACCUCGUCAUGCGCGCCGCGAUCCCCGAGCUGUUGAAAGAAUUUAGCGGCCGAGAUGCAAGUGUAGCCGAUAAGCGCGCGGUGGUCGAGACGACCAAUUUACUUCUCGAUGGCAAGUUUGAGGCGUUGAGACGACAGGAUAAGUGGGACUUCAGCGCUGUGGGGAUUAUUGACGGGAUCAGCUCUGAUGCCGAUCGCGCGUCUGAGUCUGGAACGGAUGUAGGCGUCGCGAACAAGGGACUUGAGUACUACCGUGACGAGCUGACGGCGAUGUAUAUGGGCGUCGCGAGGGAUACCCAGUGCGAUGACAAGCAGUUCCGCGUUGCGGCCAUGCAGGGCCUGGCGAAGCUGCUGAGGCUGCCGCAGUUCCUGGAGAAGGGGAGUUUGGACUCGUAUGUCCAGUUUUUGGCCGGCGUUGUGCUCGAGACGGCGGAUCUGAAAGAGCCUGUGAGGAAAGAGGCCAUCAAAGCACUGCAGGAGUGUGCGGUGCUAUAUACCCGUUUGGUUACUGAGCAGGCAUUCCCUGUGCUCCUGGCUUCGUUGCCGGAUGUUUUGGAAGGUGAGGAGACUGUUGCGGACAAACUCGCCGUGCUGCAAGCGUUGGGUGAUAUUGGCUCCAGGGGACGAAUUAUGGACACACUCUUACGGAGAUUGCUGAGCAAAUUGGAUAUUGUCCUCCGUGCGAACGAGUCGCAGAAGUACGCACACCUGGUGCUUGCGGGGAUCUUAUACGCUGUCGAGCAGAGGCAGGCGCAGAGUGAGAAUGGUGAGGUCGCAAUGAGAGAUGAGGAGGACUAUCGCAGUCUUGUUGAUGAACUGCUUCGUCGCACCGCGGCGCUCAAGGUGCAUUCAAAGAAGUGGUAUGUCGGGACCCGUGAGUUGGAAACCGCAGGCGGCAAGGUGCAGCCUGACGAUACCUUCCUGGACGUCGUGGGGAGGAUCAUCAUGGCUGCCACCUGCGGGAUGGGCUUUGAGGAGCAGUACUGGAUCUUUGAGAGGGCAUUUGCGUUGAGCGUCGCAUACGAUGAUUUCACCGCUGCCUGCGUCGCCGUCACUUCACCAGACGACCUCCCCGUCGACGAUGACCUCUCCGCCAACACUGAUAUCUCCAAGCGCAUCGACAUCAUUGAUGCGCAGUUCGACCUCCUGUCCGGCCCCGCCGACAAACUCCACGCUCUAACCCUGACGAAAUACAUCCUCGCCACCCUACGCCGUGACAACCGCGUCACCAAGCCCGCCUCUGUCGUCGCCGCCAGCCCACCACCAGCAGCACUUCCCGUCAAAAAGCGCAUCCUAACCAUCAACACCACCGCCGCCGUCACAAACCUCAUCACCUACCUCGCCACCACCUCUUCCACCCCGGCUUUGCGCUCCACGCUGCUUGACAUCCUCUCCCUCCUGAUCAACAAAUUCGCCGCUCUAACUCCUGCUGUCACAGCACAGCUCCUGGGUCUUUUCACUACCUUUCCCUCGCUGUCGGCGCAGGAGGCGAAGUUGACGAUUCAAACCUUGACGACGUGCACGCACGCCUCUCUCCUCGCUGGGUUGCCUGCUGCGACGCAAUUAACCACCGCCCUCUUAUCCGCGCUCGAACUACCAGCGCCGACGGGACAGUUGGCCGCACAGGCAUUCACGCAUCUCCUCGCGCCCUCACCACUUCUCACGCGUCGCCAACACGCUCUCAUCCGCCCCCUCGCACAACAGCGCCUCUUCCACACCGCUGUCCCCGCCCUUCUCUCCACCUUCUCCUCCCCUACCACUUCUGCCGCGACAAAAACAAAUGUCCUCGUUGCGCUAUCGGGAUUGUUGGGGCAUGCGCCGGAGGAGUACAUAACACCCUUCAUCCCCUCCCUCCUCCCUCCCCUCCUGCAAUCCCUGGAUUCCUCCCCCGCAGCCACAAAGAAAGCCUCCAUCGCCGUCCUCCGCUCCGCCGCUACCAGCAGCCCGAAGGCAUUACAAGAACACGACGCAGCGCUCGUGAAGAGGUUGUUGGCUUGUGCGACGGGGAGGGAAAGUAGGGAGGUUAAGGUGCGCGCGCUGGAAUGUCUGGAGAUCUUGCCGAAGGUGUGGGAGGUGAGUGUGGUGGCGAGGUUGAGAGGGGGGGUGGUGAGGGGGUUGGGGUCCGUGGUGGGGGAUGGGGGGAGAGAGGUUAGGAGGGGGGGGGUGGAUUGUUUGAGUGCUUGGUGGAGGGUUGGGGAGGGGGAGGGGAAUUGA